UUAAGCCCACAGGCGCCGCGUCCUAAACCUCGGCAGCGCGCCGCCGAGCACCACUGCCAUGGCCGCCGCCGCCGCCGCCUCCCCCUCCAUUUCCCUCGUCGCCGGAGACCGCGCGGACCGGCGGCAGUGGCGGUACACGUGGGAGACCCUGGCGCACCUCCCCCUCCUGCGCCUCUACCUCUCCCACCCGGCCCUCUCCGCCGCCGCUCCCGUCUCCGGCCUCUGCGCCGACCUCCGCCUCGACGCUUCGCUCCUCCUCCUCUCCUUCUCCCUCUCCGGGGCGGGACCCGUCUCCCUCAGGGUCCCCGUGCCGAGGGUGCUCGUCGACCCCUCCGCCCCGCCCGAGUGCCGCGCCGCCGGGGACCACCUCGAGGUCCGCCUCACCCUCGUCCUCCCCGUCGACCACCCCGUCGUCGCCGCCGCCUUCCCCGGCGCCGACCCGCCCGCGCCUCUCUCCCUCCGCGACGAUUUGAAGAGUCUAUCUUCUGGAGAUGUCCAUUUGUAUUGCAAAACAUGCUCAGCAAGAUUGACAAAACAGCCACUAAGGAACAUUGUGGAAAUGCCAUCUUUAGAUUGGGAGGAUGUGGCUGACAAUUGGUUUGGUGGAUGUUGCACAUCAUUUGGAGGGGCAAGUGAAAAGUUAGUAUCACAGUAUAUCAAUGCAUAUGGUCGCCUGGAGGGGACAACUCUACUAGAUGCUACUUCCAUUAUUAUAGAGAAGGAUUAUCUUGAGAUUGAUUUGGUGUCCAGAAUAGAUAAUUCAGUGACCAGUAUUGACUUUGUUGCACUACAAGAAGCUAUGUCUAAUGUUACUCUAGAAAGUGAUCAAACUACCGAUAGGAUAAAUUCAGAAGAAGCAUGUCAUGAAAAGAAAACUGAUUAUAGUCACGCGCAACCUCCUCUUCUUUUGGAAGAGGGUCCCUGUAUUAAUAACACUGAAAGAAUUACUGAAAACAAUGGAGGCACUCUUUCAAGUGAUCAAUGUGGUACUAUCCAGCUGGACAAUGGUGUUGACGUGAACUCUGAAAACUCUACAAGUGAGCCCUGUAUUAAUAAUACUGAAAGAACUACUGAAAACAAUGGAGGCAUUCUUUCAAGUGAUCAAUGUGGUACUGUCAAGCUGAACAAUAGUGUUGAUGUGAACUCUAAGAACUCUACAAGUGACUGUUUUGUUGAAAACAUGGAGCAAACUUCUCAAGAGGCUGAUUCGUUUCUGGUAGAUCCAUGGAGUUGCUGCUGUGGCAGUGGAGAUAGCGGAAAAGCUGAAUAUAACACUUCAGAAAUGCCCUCUACAUUAGAGAAUGUAAGAGAUUACAAAUUAACAAAAAGCAUCUCUCUUGGUAGUAGCUUCAUUGUUAAAGAAUCAAACCUCGUGAAAGAUGUUAACUGGAUUGAACUUCUGUGUUCUCAUUGCUCCUCAUCUCUUGGGUCAUACCCUUCGCAAUGUUCAGAUGCUCUGUCGGAUGGGCGGGUUCGGCUAUUCAAGUGCUACACAUCCUCAAACCUUCCUGUUGGGAGUCCCCAUGAUGUGUUCAGGAGACAUACACUGGGAAAACUUUUUGUUAAUUUGUUGCUUGAAAUAGCUGAAGAUGAAAUAUCUUUUCGUACAGUAGUGAGAGAUCUGAAAACCAAAAGGCCCAUGCUGCAAAUAGUCCUUCUUAGUUCAAAAACAUGGCUGUUUUCUGGUUACUGCUAUGAAAAUGAUACGGAUAGUUCACAUGGGACAGCACAUCUGCAGCCUACGGUUAAACUCCUGUAUUCUAACUGCAGUAAUGCCUCAGAAGCAGACUUAAGGACAGUAGAGGAGUGGUCAUCCAAAUAUCGGGCUGAACAGUUAUACAUGAUGGGGCAUCAGAUAGAUGAACUUACUGAAUGCCUUAGCUCAGCUAUGGACAAGUUCCCCCUUUCUUGCUCGUCACUUGAAGGAAUGUCUCUUUCAUGUCUGGAGCGUUGACUUGAGUUUAAGAUAAUCGUAAUUUAUUCAUGAUGUCCGAAGCCCGCGACUGAUCUUUGUAUCAUGCAUAUCUGAUGGAGACUCCAAUCAUAUAUACCAAGCUGUGUUCCUGCCCAUCUCAGUUUAGUGUUCAGCAAGCUGGCCAUCUCAUUUGUACACUGCAGACUUCUGGACUCCCCCCUGCUGUCACAAGGCUGAGUUCAAUCGAAAUUCUUGUUCAACUGACUUUUGGUGAUAGGGAUUCAGCCUUGUCAUUUACUCUUAAGCAGUAUUUGACACCUUUUUAUAGCUCUAAAGGAGUUAAUGAUCAGGGGGCCACUAGGAAUCGGUGCCCGAUUUGUGGCUUCCCAUCGGACCAUUCUGUAGCCGCACGAUAGGAAGCAUUCUGGACGUUGAAGAAGGCUCGGUGUGAGUUUCCAUGAAA